AUGGCGGCAAACGUCCUCGUGAGAAACCUCAAUGCGAUACAAGAGACUCAGCAACAGGCCUCCGUCAGCACCAUCGACCAUGCCCUCGAUGGCCAAUCCCGGUUUGGAGAGAUAGUUGCCAUUCUGGCUGUUGGAUCUGUCCUGUCGACUGCGGCGGUUAGUCUUCGGGUUUAUACUAGGGUUAAGAUGCUGCGAACUUUUGGGCUGGACGACUCGGUGAUGGUGGUUGCCCAGUCCUUCUAUACCUCGAUCAUUGUGUACAACAUCGCGACCUGCCUCGUUAAGGUUUCCAUCCUAUUACAAUAUCGCCGUAUCUUCGCCAUCGACAUCAUGCAGAAGUUGACGCUGUGGGGUCUUGCUUUCAUGAUCUCGUGGACCGCUAUGCUCUCCUUCCUUCUCCCUAUGAUGUGUCUCCCAGUCGCGGCCUUCUGGGAUUCGACCAUCGAAGGUCGCUGCAUAGACUUCCUUGCCAUCUGGUACACCAUGGCUGGAGUCAACCUUGUAGCCGACUUUGCCAUUUUCAGCAUGCCGAUUCCGGUCAUUAACUCGCUGCAACUUCCUCGUAAGCAGAAGCGAAUGUUGCUUGUGGUGUUUUGUCUCGGAUUCUUCACAUGCAUCAUCUCUGCACUCAGAAUCCGAACCCUCCGCGUUGCCGCAGAUACCAAAGACCCUUACUGGGAUAACGUGGACGCCGCCACGUGGUCAUUCCUCGAGGUCGCUAUCGGCAUUUUAGCAGCAUGCCUCCCCACCCUCCGACCCAUUUUCGUCACUCUCCUGCCACGCCUAUUCAACGCGUCUUCACUUCAAUUCAGGAGCAGCGGAAGGCCAUCGAAAUACGGCAAUCCCUAUGCUCAAGCUAGCGAAGGCAACAACAGAGCCAGUUUCAUGCGCGGGCUAGGAAUCCAUCGCCCCAUGAGCAGCACAGACGGGUUGAAUUGCCAAGAAGGAGUCGAGUUGUCCGGUCAGGAGAGCGAGACGUCGGCUGAGUACACCGUUAGCGUUAGCACAGGAGCACACGAAAGCCUGGACAAGAUGUCGCGGGUGAAGAGCAAGAGAGACAGUGUAAUGGAUGGGCAGCAUGUCCGGGGACACAUUCGGACUACGACUGUGGUGACUCAGGAGGUGACGUUUGAGAAGCCCUCUAGUGCCAAGUCGAGCCCCGACCAGGAUUGA